AUGUUCGCCAAACGCCUUUUUCAGAAGGCCAGACUGCAGGUAACUUAUUCGUGACGGAUUGCGUGGGUUUGUGAUCGUGAUAUCCCACAGUCGAGUCCCGUCGAGAGACAUUUGGUCUAUGGCUUGGUGUUAAUUGUCUACCUCUAAACGGGUGUUAACUCCGACACACCCCCCUCCCCCGGUGCCACUGAAAACGAAUACGCUUCCACGGAUCUACAGUCGACGAUGUCGUAAUGGUUGACUUUCAGCCGGGUCGAAGGUAAUCAGCAGACUAAAACAAAAGAACGGGACGACGAACCCGACAAAUUUUUACAUUGCACCGCCGUUCCCCUACGGUCUGUUGUAUCGCCUUACAAAAUGCGUUCCGUUUUGAUGUCAUGCAUCGGAGAUUGAUUAGAGGAUUCUCUAUGAGGAAUGGUGCAUGUACGUCACAACUAGAGUCAUUUGUCUGGAAGAUCUGCAGGACUCAGAGGAAUGAUGCUAAAUCAGUUCGGAGUUGACUGAUAAAAACCAUACUCAGACGCUUGAAUGCCCGGAAUUCAUGAUUCUCUGAUUUCACUUUCUAAUAAAGUUACAGUGUAAGGCUGUUCAUGUCCGUCACAAACAUGAUCAAUGCGUUUCUUUUGUUUACGUUUUCGGUUUGGCCUUAUGCUGGACAAGGAGCCCUACAAAAGAGGAAAACCAAGCUAGAUUUACAACAAUAAGGGGAAAUUAUUCGUUAAAGUUGGGUUUCGAGGUUUCUCUGUUGUCAUGGAAUAGGUUUAUGCCAUGUUGGAUCCAGAAAAAGGAGUUUUCUGUUAUAUCUAUUUGUCGCAUAGAAAUGUUUCUUAGAAUAUUUCGUGUCUAAGAAGAAAGAGUGGGUGAUUACUAUAGAGGGCCCGAAGGAUAAAUGGAUAAUGUUCCUGUCACUUUGCAUGGAAAAUGGAAAUUAGCGGACGCAUAGCCUGAUUUUCUUUUUAUGGUUAAGUAUCUGUCAUUCAUGAGGGUUGGAGUUUAGCAUAUCGUCUAUAUAAUGUGGCUUUUGCGGCCAUAAUGUCUUUUAUUAUUGGAUUUGGCUCUUGCCAACCUUUUCCUCUCUAUAGGCCAAAAACAGUAUCGACUACCUUUCCAAGAAAGAGGAAAUGGGUUCAGGAAUAGGAAGUUACAAAAUUGCCGACUCAUAUUUGACAGUUAAGUCUCAGUUGAAUGGUGUAUUUUGUGAGCAUUCUUGGGAUCCUUUACUAAAGUUCCGGCUACUGGGGUAAGUGUCAUGGCAGCGAAGUACGUUUGACAUGAAUAAGAAUAGAUAAUAUUAAAGUAAAGAAAAAUAUUGCCCUACCUCAUCCUUCGAUUGUAAAAAAUCGUUGUUUAUAAUUUUAGGAUCUAUAUUUGUCUUCGAAGGGAAACAUUUGUAGGCAUCUGGUGUUUUGCAUCCAUCGACAGUUUUUGAUCCUGAAAUUCUUUUAUGACAAUUUCAACCCGAUCUGGUAGUUAGCAUCAAUUUCCUAGCGUGGAUGCCUUUUUGUGUGAUACCCUUGUCUCACGUUAACAACUUAAUGCGUCUAAUAACUGAGUUUAUGGAUAUUUGAGAUGUUAUGCCACUUCUGUGGCUUGAGAACUUGAGAACUUGUCGAAGAGAGAUUGAGACCAGAUAGUGUGGCCGGUGCAUAGAGUCAUAGACUUUAUUGAUGUAAGACCAAAAGGAAAGCUGAGAGUUUUUGGUGGAAAAUUUCCGGAAAAAUUCCUCUGGAGAGCACAAAACUGAAUUCUCAGGAAGUAUGCCAUCAUCACAUGACGGAUUUUUGUCAUUAUGAAAUUUGUAGUAUCAUAUUUUAAUUUUCUUAUAAAGUGUGCAUUCAUCUUCACUAUCUUUUGAUGCAGCAUAAUUUGCAACAUGGAAAGAUGAACGUAGCCGAUCUGAGUUUACAAAUUCCUAUCCAUUAUGGCAUACCAUCCACAGCAUCAAUCAUGGCUUUUGAUCCCAUUCAAAGUCUCCUGGCAAUUGGAACACUGUAAGUCGAAGGCUCUCUCUCUCUCUCUCCCUCUCCCUACACCAUCUCCCGUUCGCACAUGGAUUAUCUCAUGAUUGGGAACCGUUUAGUUGAUGCUAUCUCACUUGGCGAACAUGCUCAUUAAUUUCUGGUCGUCUUCUGUGCCAACUUUAAUCAAUAUGGUGAUUUAUGGCUGAUUUUCCGGUUGAUUCUUGAUGAGGAGUUUAAUGUGAUGCAUUCUGAGAGUUUAGCAGACAUCGUUCUAAAAUGCUAAAAGUUUCCUUGAGUAGGACUAUCAGCAUUUUAGUGAUAAUGCCUCUGGACACAUGAUUAUAAAAUUUCCUUUAGGUUUACCUAUGUUUGAGUGCCAAUGUCUCUGGAAAUGAACCUGAACUAGCAGAAGCCUGAACCGGAAAUGAACCUGAACUAGGAUUUGAUGCUUUCAAUAAAAGAAUGAUUUUAUAUAAGUUCUAACUUUUGAUUAGAUUAUUAGAGGGUACUUUUAGUUAUGUUGGUAGAAAGAAUUUCUUUCCCACUCUCUGUUAACUAUUUUUAAUUUAAAUGAUUUUUUUUAAUAGCUGUUCCUCAGUAAGAAAACUGUGAGAUGUCUUUUUCGUUAUGUUAAAAUUUUUCUCAUCCAACUAGCCUUUUUCUUUGAUAUUUUUUUCUGAAUAAAAUGGUAAUCAGAUGUGAAUCAUAAAGGCUUUUAUAGUCGAAAUUUUAGUCGGAAGCAGUGUUCUGAACACUGCAUUUUUUACGUUCAUCCAAAAGCAGGAAUGUAGUUGUUUCUCGUUUUGCUUCUUUCGUAUCUAAUAAACGAUUUUUUUGUGACCCUGAGAUUUUAAGCUAAAUAUGCGGUUUAACUCGAUGGAAUCAUCGUUCUCUAGAUUACUGCAACCUCUCUUCAAAUUCUAUAUUUUCAAUUGGUGAACUAUGAACUUUUGAUAUUUAAGUGGGAGAGACAAUGGUGGAUGGCAUUUUUGAGAAAACGAAGCAUGUUGUAUUCUUCUGGGACGUGGAUAGUUUUAUGGUCCUAAUUUUGUGGACUAGAUCUCCAACUUGGCUCAUUAAAAAAAGUAUGAUUUAUAAUAUUGUAGUGCAACGUUCUGUGGUAUAUUUUCUCUAUUAGUUGUGAAUUGGGAAGUUUGACGGUGAAAUGGGGGAGACAAUAUGGGAGUUUGUGACAUGAUUUUAAGACUAAAGUGGGGUUGGAAAGAGACAAUAGCAUCUACCUUAUGUCAUCUUAGAAAUUGAAAGAUCGAUCGCUCAUUUUUAUAAUCAACAGUGUCCAAGGUUGAAUUGAUACGUCUGCAAGUGGCAUCGUUUGUUGUCAUGGCGUUUUUCUUUCACAGUUGAUUCUUUUGUACGAUUUCCUUCGGUCUUUUUGUAUAGAACCUGUCCUAUCUUUGCAAAGUUGCAUCUCAUAAGGUAUAUUGUUGAUUGAAGUAAACUGUAUGAUAACUAUGAUAUUUUAGGUUGGUUACCAAAUUUUAGUGUGUUUUUAUCUUCAGGAUGUACUUGCAUUAUAUUUUAAGAUUGCAUGUCGCUACUUUAUUUUAAAAUUGAAGCCUUUUAAGUAGGAUAUAUUUGGUGCCAUUGCAGGGAUGGGAGAAUAAAAAUAAUUGGGGGUGAUAAUAUUGAAGCCCUUCUUAUAUCCCCCCACAAGCUGCCAUACAAGUUCUUGGAGGUUCAUCAUGCACUCUUCAAUGGUCAAUGAGAUUAUUUAUUAGUCCGGAGGUUGAUUUUUUUAACUAUUAUUUAUUUUGUAGUUCUUGUGCAACCAAGGAUUUCUUAUUGGUGUCUCAAACGGAAACGAAAUUCAGGUAGUUUGAACGAUAUUUUUUAAAAAUAUUCUAUUAAUUUUUGUCCAAUAGCUCAUCUAACUAAUUUUUUUCAUCAGAAUUGUCUUAGUAUUUUCUAUUACAAAUUCACGUUGUGCAUGCCAUGCAUUGGCGUUUCUCUAAUAAAUUGGUCUGCUCACGUGUGAAGUGCAUUGUGAAGAAUUGUCCUAUGUUUGCAAGUUUAGCCGCAAUAUUUCUGUGAAAUCUGGUUGACAUUUGGUCAACAUUGUAGUCAUAAGCUUUGCCUAUUAUUGCCGAAAAUAUGCAGGGAGUUUUCUCCAUGGGGGGGUGGGGGGUGAGGAGGCAGAUUGAGUGGAUGAGAGAGAGAGAGAGAGAGUAAUGCCCAUUGGCGAAUAGAGAUCAUGUGGAAAAGGUAAAGCAUGGUGGAGAAUAUGAUGCAAGAGGGAGGGAUCCGUCUUAUGUAUUUCCGCGUUAUCUCUCAGUUUUUAUUAUUAUUCUAUUUUGUGUUUUUUAGUCUACCCGACUCUAGGAUCGGGCAAUCUUGGAUUCCGUUAUUUGAGAGCCUGAUCAUAAUCAUGGUAAUUAUGGAGUGUGCAAAGUAAGCCUGAUCUACCCUUGUGAAUAUUUUCCUAGAACCUCUGCUUACUUGUACCCUCCGCCUGUCAAACAUUGAAAGAAUAUGUAUCUUGCUAGAUAUGUUUUCUCAUAAAGUUAUCAUGUGUUGACGGUAAACAUUAGUUAUUUUUCGGUAAUGAAUGAAUAUACAAAUAAUUUAUGACAGACUUUUCUCACAUCAGGAAUUAAUUUUAUGAUGAACACUUGACUGUUCCUGUUCAGCUCAAUUUUUUCUUUAUCUGCACAUAGAAUCUACUUAAGUAACACUAUAUUAAUUUGCUUGCACUAAGUAGGCUACACACGUUUUUUUAGUUCCCGUUGAUAGGAUCAGAUGAAAAAUUAGUUUUUAUUGAUGAUUCUCAGGUUUCCAUAGUCAUCUCAUCGAUAGCAUGUCAUGCACUGUCUAAAAUAGUUCUUAACCUUGCUAGGUUUGGGAUCUUGAAAACAGGUGCCUGACCUGUUCCUUUCAAUGGGAAUACAGCAUCACUGCGUUCUCUGUGAUCCAGGGGACGUAUUUCAUGUAUGUUUUUGAUACUGAGAUAUCCUAUCUUAUAUCUGGUUUCCUUCUGGCUUGAAUGGAAUAUGCAGAGAGGAUCCUUUACACCAUUGUCCCUUUAAAUAGGUACUCUGGAGAUGAAAACGGGCUUAUGUCUGUUUUGAAAUUUGAUGCUGAGGAAGGGAAGAUUCUGCAGUUGCCCUAUCAUGUUCCUGUGAAUGCUGUUAAAGGUAGCAAUGGACAAACAUUAGGUGAAAUAAUUACUUUUCGUGCAUACUUUUCAUCCUCCCGAAGUACUCGAUCAUUAAUAGUUUCCUGUUUCUGAUUUAUUUUUCAUUAGUGAAUUCAUAAUAUAUAUUAUGUUCUGUCACCUUCCUCAAUUUCUUAGAAAGAAUUUCAGCGGAACUUUCUCUUAAUUCUUGGCUAUUUUCUAUUCAUCGAACUGUUUUUCUUGUGGAAUUGCGACCACUGGAAUAUUAUUGAAGUACGAACUGUAUAGGAUAAUUCGCUAGAAUGGGAUAAGAGAUGUGGGAGCACCGAAGGCCAGAGCAAGUUGGGUAUCGACGUUCCAUUAGAAAGGAACUGGGGAGGGGAAAGUGCAGUGCGCCAUACUGACUAAAACCCAGCCCCUUCCCCACCCUAGCCCUGGAUCAGUGGAUCUUUUUGUGGCUGGCUUCUUCUUUUGUAGUAACUGAGCAUUCUCAAAAGGUGAAAAAUAAAAAAUGGUUUUUUUUCUUUUAUCUGAUAAGUUUAGUCGCAUGGAUGGCUUUGCAGCAUCCAUGCGUCUUUGCAUGAGAUGCAGGAAUCCACUAGUUUUUUCUUCAUUAUUGUGAAUGUAGCCGUUCAUUUUAAAUGCAUUCAGGGGAUUUUUUGAAUAAAAUUUCGCGGAUAAGGCUGAAACUAUAAAAUUUGACUGAAUACAUGGAUUGCAGUUCGCUAAUUACAGGUCUAUGUGUGAAAGACAGAAGAGAUUAGGCCCCCAGAUUGAUUUGUGAUGAUGUUAUUCAUACUAGGACCAGAUUGACCAAAUGAGAGUGAGCCCCAGAUUGAUCUGUGUUGAACUAAUUUAAGAAGGGAUCAAAUCACUAAAAUGAGGUAUAUGGGAUUUUAAUGUGGCCAAUACACACAAAAACACUAAGUUCAAAUUGGUAUUGAUAGGUUGUUAUGAAAAAGUUAUAACCAGAAUAAAUGUUAAAACCUAAUUGAUCCUCCAUUCCCUAGCAUCCCAACCUGGAGCUGAGCAGAUGGUGACUUGCCAGCAGUCGUCAGUAGCAGGAAGAAUAGGAUCUGGCAUCUAGUGGAAUUCCACAGCAUUCAAAAGAAAAUUUAGUUGCCUCUCUCUUCCAUUCUCUUUUCUUCUUCAGUUUUUAGCAGAUGUAGGGUGCAGCUUUCUCUUCUUUUAGCAGUGGUAAAGGGGAAAUUAUUGCCAGAAUAGACAAUGCACCUAAGAUUUCCAUUUCUAGCCUUUCUUUUCAUUUCUUUCAAGGGGGAUUCGAUCUCUUCUCUCAAAACGGAUCAGACAUGGAUAAUUUUGAUUCAUUUUGCCCCUUUUUUUCCCAGUAUCUGCCCCGAUGUGUAAGCAUCCAUUUUUCGUUUUCUCAUCCAGAAUGUAUGACUAUGGUUAUUUAUGCAAGUUUUUCCGUAAGUUUCAUUGAUUGUAAUACGUUCACAUGAUCCACAGAAGCAGCUACCAUUUCAUUUUCCAGUCAUGCAGCAAUAGUAGGAAUUCUGCCACAACCUUAUACCUCUGGGGAUAGGUAUGCUGCAGGUUGACUUGCUUUCUUUUGCUCAUUGCAUCUUUUUGUUUUAUGUGCAUAUAAUCAUUCUUAUCUGCUUGCAAUGUGAAUUUAUUUUUCUGUUUUAUUUUAUUAUUUACAAGUCAAUUAUGAUCAAUUUAUGGCUCUAUGAUCUAUAUUCCCAAGUACCUGGAAAGUAUCUGUCAAUUCUUUGACUCUGGCAUUAGGGUUCCAACACAGCCGCCAAGAGCAACAGAAAAUAUGCGCAGGAAAAUAACAAUUUCACUCUUAGUCGUGUUGUACUAAGUACAGACGUUGAUGAUUCCAACAAGACCCAAUGAAUCUAUCGAACCUCAUAGGGACAUAACAGAAAUAAAGAAAAGUAAGAGACUCAAAAAACAAAAUAGGACAAAAUCUAUUGAAUGUUGGUUCAUGAGGUUCAUUCAUGCCCAACUUGCAUGUAAUUCUCUGCAAUGACGUCCCUGCUAAUCCUUUUGUGAAAACAUCUGCUACUUGUUCUGUUGAUCUCACAUGAGAUAUAGAGUUAAAUUUCUCUUCAAUUUUUUCUUUAGUAAAAAUGUCAGUCAACCUCAAUGUAUUUUGUCCGAUCAUGUUGUACAAGAUUAUGUGCAAUGUCCAUGGCUGAUUUGUUAUCAUAAUACAAUCCAAUUGCUCUUGAAAGAUCGACUUUCAACUCUUUCAAUAGGCUUCUAAUCCACAGAGCUUCACAAAUACCUUGAGCCAUCACUCUAAAUUCUGCUUCAGCACUAGACCUUGCAACAACUUUUUGUUUUUUAGCUCUCCAUGUAACUAAAUUUCCUCUAAUAAUGGAGCAGUAGCCUAUGGUAGAUCUUCGAUCUUAGAGCAUGCAUAGUCAGCAUCAGUAUAGAAUUUGACUAGUUUGUCACCUCUAGAUUUGUAUAAAAGACCCAAGUCAGCCAUACCUUUAAGAUAAGCCAGUACUCUAUAUGUGGCUUGAAGAUGAAUGUCUUUAGGAUCAUGCAUAAAUUGACUCAAUAGUCCCACAACAAAGGCAAUAUAUGGUCUAGUGUAAUUUAAAUAUAUCAAAUUUCCAAUUAAAUGUUGAUAUCAUCCUCUGUCUACUGAAGGAUUGUCUUUGCUUGAUCUGAGCUUCAGAUUAGCUUCUAGAGGAGUGUUAAUUGGCUUACAUUUCACCUUGUUUGUCUCUUGAAGUAAAUCCAGAAUAUACUUUUGCUGUGAUAUAAAAAUCCCUUGACGUGAAUGAACCACUUCAAUGGCUAGAAAAUUCUUUAAUUUAUCUAAAGUUUUGACUUCAUAUCUUUGAGAUAAAUUUGUGAUAAGUGCUUUGAUUUCUUCUAAAUCAUUGCCUGAAUUAUAAUAUCAUCCACAUAUACAAGGAGUACAGUAACUCCCCUUGUCUUUGUGUGCUUAAUAAAUAUUGUAUGAUCUCCAUUGCUUUGUAGAUAUUUCAUUUCCUUUAUAGCUUGCGUGAAUUUACCAUACCACGCUCUAGGAUACUGUUUAAGUCCAUAUAAUGUCUUUUUUAGCCGAUAUACUAUUUGUGGUGUGUAUGUACUAUGUAUUUAGAGGUCGCCUAUUCCAACGACAUUUAAAGAUCCACCUCCUGUAGUAAAAACUUUUCGCAAGAGAGGACAUGCUGUAUAUGUAAUAAAUUUUGAUUGAUCAAGAGUCAUAUGAUCAGUUGCUCCUGUGUCAAGGAUCCACAUCCCACUGUGAGAGUAAUCAUGAGUAUAUAACCCAAAAGAAAAUGAAUUAUUUUAAUUUUUCCUGGUUAGAUGAGUGGAGCUGAGUGCUACUUUUAAUUUUUCCAGCUCCUCACGAAUUCUUGCAAGUUCACCAGUAUUUACAUUUAUUUGUUGAUUCGUCUCACUCGGUGUUUGCACAUUCCCAUCCGAGUUUGAAUUUAUUGCUACAUCUACUUGUCUUGGCCUAGGUGGUUUUUCAUAUAACUUCUAAUAAUUCUCUUUAUAUGGCCUUUCUUCUUAUAGUAGUUGCAGAAUAAUGAAUCCCGUAAAUCAAUUUUCUGAGAACGUUGUUGAUAAACUUGAUUACUAUCUCGCUGUUCCCCACAGUUCUACUCCAUUGUAGUAAUAUUCAAAUCAUUUUUGUACUUAAAUAUAAGUGCAGUAUUAAUGUUUUUAGACUCAUUUCGAAUGAGACUAAUGUGGUUUACUUCUUCUGCUGAAAUUUGCAUUGUCUCAUCUAAAUCUGGAACUCUCUCUAGAUGUAAGAUCUGACCCUGAAGAUUUUCAUACACUGUAUUUAAUCUCAUAAGGAAUUUAUAUAAUAUGUCCUUCUGUAUGUACAUUUGUUCUUUAGAUUCUGGAUUUUUUGUUAGUCUAUAGUAGUCGAUUUCUCUCUAAGUGGAUUGUAAUUCAUAUGCAUACUUUAGGACAGACCUCUCCUCUUGGAUGAGGUCUAUUGCCUUCCUCACAAGACUGUGGAUUCUCCAAUCAUCAUACCUUUUUGAACAACUCCGAUGUAUACACUCUCAUAAAUAUUUGACUGUUUUCAUAAAUAAAAAGCGUUCAUAUAUUUCUAGUUUCAUGGUGCUCAGUAACCAUGUAUGAAUGAUAGCUUCCUCUGAUUUCCAACUUCGGUGUUGUGGGUCAGGUGCUUCUACAUGAGGUUCUGUAAGAUGAUCCUGUAACUCUCAGCCUAGGAGAAUCAUUUCAAUGAAUUUUCCCCAUUGAUAUAGAUUCUUACCAUCGAAUCUCAUUUUUUUCUGAUAUACCAGGAAGAACUUGAUAAAGUUUCUCCCUGUCGCUGGCUGAAAUUGACACACUAGCCAAAGUAUUUGAGGAUUCUCCACUAGAAGUCAUGUGAUGUUUCUUGAAAUUUCUUCUUCAAGAAAUACGAAGUGCUUUAAGAAAAGGGGAACAUAUGCCAACUACUGCAACAAUACGAAUUAUAACAAUCACAAGAGAUUAUAGGCUGCUGUUGAAGUCAUUAAAUUUCCUUCCACUGAUCUUUCAAUCUUGAGAGGAGGAAUAGGAAUUAACCUGCUCUGAUACCAUGUCAAUUCUUUGACUCCGCGUUAGGGUUCCAACACAGCCACCAAGAGCAACAGAAAAUAUGUGCAGGAAAAGAACAGUUUCAUUCCUAGUCGUGCUGUACUUUAGUACAGACAUUAAUGGUUCCAACAAGACCCAAUGAAUCCAUAUCGGAUCUCAUAAGGACAUAACAGAAAUAAAGGAAGUAAGAGACUCAAAAAAAAAAAAGACGAAAUCUACUGAAUGUUGACAGUAUCAAUAAUGAUGAUAAAACCGAUCUUUCCAUCCAACUUUGGUUUAACUUUAGGAAUCGAUGUCUUAGGUUUGUGGCAAAUCUGAAGACUCAUUGUUGGACAAAACUGUUAUUACUAUUACUUUAGGAAUCCCAAGUAUAAGCUGUUGCUUUAUUUCAUGGCUCUGCUGCAGCAGGAUGGUUGAAACCUUUUCCUUUUAAUCUGUAUCAUGUUAGGAUUUAUAAGAAGGUUUUGGAAGGAUAUUCAGCUGAUGCCUGUAUCCAUUCUUGCUAUUGUAUCUUCUGGUCGAUAUCUGUAACUGAUGCCAAGUCGUCCUUGCAUAAUUCUUAUUAUUAUUUCGUAAACUCCAUAAAAUCACAGUCAAUCUCCUGUUUCACUUUACCUAGUGGCGAAAUUCCUAAUCUUCUGUAAUUGCGGUCUUCAACUUUUUCACUUGUUCCAUCCAUUCAUCAUCCAUAUUUAAAUGCCUAUGCAUAAUAUAGGAUGUAAGGACAUCGCCAGUUGGUUCAUUGUUCCUAUCUAGGUGUUCUUUUUGCAGGUAUGGGAGAAGAGAUCCGUGUGUGUAUUAUGCACGUGCGCAUACACAUACACAUACACAUACACAUUCACACAAAUAUAUGUGUGAUUUAUGGACCAAUACUUUUUAGUUUGUAAAUAUGAGAGAUAUUAAUAAAAUCUCCAACCCUGAGUCUUUAGUAUCAAUCAAUUCAUAUAUCCAUUAAUAUCCAUUAAAUAUUUCUACUGAGAUGUAGAAAGUUAUAUUAAUUUAAUUUGAUUAAUAGUAUGCAUCAUGAUGCCCCAGGGCCCAAAAUAUAUUUUUUUGUGCAGAGUUCUUAUUGCAUAUGAAGAAGGAGUGUUGAUUCUCUGGGACAUUUCUGAGAACUAUGUUGUUGCUGUCAGAGGCCAUACUCGUUUGCAGUUGAAAAGUGAAGGAUUGAAUGAUUCUUCAAAUACUGUAGGCAGUGACCUUCAAAGUACAUCUGACAGUGAACAGGAGGCAAAGGAGAUUUGUUCCCUAUGUUGGGCAUCGACUACUGGGUCCCUUCUUGCUGUAGGCUACGUUGAUGGAGAUAUAUUAUUAUGGAGCAUGUCAUCGGAAAUGGACUUGAAGAAUGAGGAUGCUAGGCUCUUAUCUAACAAUGUCGUUAAGCUGGAACUAUCAUCUGGAGGGCGAAGGUUGCCUGUUAUUGUCUUAAAUUGGUCUACAGAUAGUACAUCAGACAAUGAUCAUGGAGGAAAGCUUUUUGUUUAUGGAGGUGAUGAAAUAGGAUCUGAAGAAGUCUUAACGGUUCGAACUUUCACUUUUUAGCUUUGUUUGCAUUAUGUUCAUACUAGUUUCUGAAUUUGCUUCACCAGAUAUAAUCACUUAGUAACAACCAGCAGAAUGUUUAGAACAUACUUAUUGAACAUCUGUGGCAUUAGUUGUAUUGCCUAUUAGAUGAUAAAUAUUCUGUUUUCAUUUUGAAUUUCAACUUAGAAUAAUUUUAAUAUUACAUAGAUUGUUUUGUGUAUAAUUGCUUCCUGAACACACUACCUUCAUUCCUCUUUUGAAAAAAUAUCUACUUGAAAUGUAUGCCAUCCUUUGCAAUUUGGAAACAUCAUCUAUGCCGGUUCAAUGAUUUUUAGCAGAUCAACUCUGGGAAAGUUUAUUUAUUGGAUCCAAUGAACAAGAUAAAUAGACCUUUAUGUAAAAGAAAAAACUGUCCUUUUGUUGGAUAACUGAGAGGCUAUUAUCUUACUGGCCAUUAGAAGUUCGUUCUGAGAGAAGGCGCGUGUAAGAAAUAUUUUUCAUUCUGUUCUUGUAGCAAGGAGUGAGGCAUAUUGUUAAAAAUAUUUCUUUCCUUGUGGGCGGCUAAGCAUCGUAUGGUCUUUUUCAUUUUCUUCAGGUAUCGCCAUCCUAAAACCAUAUAUGUUGGCACAUAUUAGGUCAAUGCAAUUCUUAGCCGCACUGUUCUGCUUCUUGUCUUUUCUAUACUAAAAUUAAUCCCAGGUAAUGAUAUUCUACACAAAAUAAUUCCAUAGAAACCCCAUACGUUCUUAUGCUCGUAAACUUCAAAAACUAGCCAUAGUUGUCAACCAUUGUGACGCAGAUAUGUGAUUUUUUAUUAAAUCAUUGGAUAGCUUUGUGCUAAAUCAUGUUUAAUGCUGCAGGUCUUAAGUCUUGAUUGGUCAUCUGGGAUAGAGAGAGUAAAAUGUGUUGCUCGUGUGGAUCUUGCACUACAUGGGUCCUUUGCUAACAUGGUAUUAGUACCCAAACCAGGGGGCAUGGAGAAUACUCCGGCUGCUGCCGUCUUUAUUUUGUCUAAUCCUGGACAACUUCAUGUGUACGACAUUUCUUCACUAUCUGAUUCAAGAUCCCAGGAGGCCAAAACUGGCAUUAUUGCAAAUAAGUUUCCUUUGGUGAUACCGACCUCUGAUCCUUGUGUGACAGUCACAAAAUUCUUCUUAUUACCUACUGAAGGAGAUUCGUAUAGGGUGCUCUCAAAGGUAUUUUACGUGGCAGUAAUUCCACGCCAAAUAAUACAUCAAUUUGGCUUUCCCUGAUGUACUGCAUUCUGUAAUAACCAGUUUUGGUCACCUUGCCCUUCUCUCACGCAGAAAGAGUAUGCUAAGAGAACGAAGGGAACACCCUCGUUGUUGAUGGACAUGAGAUGGCCUUUGACUGGUGGAGUCCCCAGUGAGUUAUUAUUUGACGAAGAUAUUGGUGUUGAGAGAAUAUAUGUGGCGGGCUAUCAAGAUGGGUCUGUACGAAUCUGGGAUGCUACACAUCCAGUUUUUAUUCUGCUUCAUGUCAUUGUGGGAAAAGUAAGCUAUUCAUUACAAACGAUGUUUAGGUUUUGUUCAAGGCUUGUAAAGAGUUUUACAACAUGGCACAAUAUGCUGCACUGUUUUUUUAACAUAAAAAUUAGAAUCAGCAAUCAUGACUGUUGUAUGACCAUCAGGUGAAUGGUGUGGAGUUGCCAGAUGGAAUAUCCUUGGCAUCAGCGUUGGAUUUUUCUGCUGCUAGUAUCUGUUUGGCUGUUGGAAGUGAAAGUGGUCUGGUUAGAAGAGUUCUUCAGCAUCACAUUUGCCUCUUUUCAUAGACUGAUUAGUCUUUCAUUCAAUAUUUAUGUUUUUUUAUUCUGCAUAUGCGUAGGUGUUUCUGUAUGACCUAUGCGCGACCAGGACCACUGAUAAGCAGACUUUUCACUUUGUUAGUGAAACCAAGCGUGAAGGUGAUUAUUUUAUGUGGAUGCAUUAUAUUAGUGUAUCUCAUUGGUUAUUCAAGUAGCUAUUUUCCCAUUUUCGGAAUUUUUUUAAAGAUUUUCUUCGGAUUUUGUCGAAGUUUGACUCGAGUAGGACUCAGUGGAAGUACUAAUGUUGUUGACCGAGGCCAGUUUAAGUAGUCAGACUAAAGUAUUUUUUUGGGAGGUUUCUAAUUGGCGUCUUCAUAAUUUAUAUUUUUUUUCUAUCUAACUUGUGAAUCGUCAGAGAUCUCUGAGCUACUUCGUUCAUUACAAUCUCUGUCUAAGAGUCUAAGUCCCAGAUCUCCCAUCCCUCCUAUUCAUAUAUAGGGAAGAUGGGGCCCAAUAUUGGCCUAUUGGGCCCACAUCACAAGCAGCUUCUAUUUUUAUAUUACAGUGAUUAUUAUAAGGAGGGAUAAUAGGUAAAUUUCUCCUGUCUCUUCUUUCAGAUUGAUUGGUAUUCUGGUUGUCUUUCUGUUCUCCUGGUUUAAAUAUUUAAUAAUAAUAGUGACAAUUAUUUACCCAUUACUGUAACGCAAAUCCAAAUUGGACAAGUAUGAUAUAUUUUGGGGCAUCAUUUAUUUGGCGUCAUUGUACAUCACUCAUCUGAUUAUUUGUCUCAGAUUUUGCUCAAAGAGUGACUUACUGUGCUGGACAUAUUGUGCCAACUUGCAGAAGUUUGGCAGGAUUUUGGUGUUUUUUGAGUCAUAAAUUGCUUAGGAACAACCGAGUACACCCAAGUUGCUUUGGUCAAGGAAUCACAAGGAGAAUAAUUUUAUCUGCGGAUGAAGUGUGAAAUACUUGUCAAAAGUAUACACGUUAGCACUGAACCACAACGCAGCUUCCAUCAAGCUUUCUUCAACCAAUUUUUUAAAAAACUUUAAUUUACUCUGUCUGGUAGUGAGUUAAUCUUUCAACUACAUGUGUUGAGACAUGUCGCAUGCCUACGCAUGGCUAUGUGGAUCGUAGGCCCAAUAAUCCAUACCCAGGUGUAGUUGUUUGUCCUUUUGUUAUCCUUUAUGCUUUUCUUCUACCCUCAGGCUUGCUUUGAUAUUUUUAAUUCCGUUUACAAAUAUAAGGACCCCCUACUUUUGUAGUGGGAAGUCUCGCAAUCUUUUUUGUGAAGGAACAAUGCUUAAAAUAAUGCAGCUUUCUGUCCCAAACCUUUUUUUAUGCUGAUUUUCAAACGAUGUCAUUGCCCAAUUUCUGUCAUGAUUUUCAUGUACCUCUGCCCUGUCCUUGUUCCUUUGUAUGUCUUUUUGUUUAUCAAUGAAAGAUGGCUGGGCUUUCUGCUAUUUUUCAAAUCUUUCUGAUAAUCAUCCAUGAAAUGGUAUAGAACCAUGUCCUCCAGGCUAACAGUUUCAUAAACAUAAAAAAAAAAGACUUUCAGAGGAGACACUGUUUGUUGCGGCAUCAGGUCAGCUUACUCUGGAAUUAGCUUAUUCGAGUAGGAUUGGAUUUUAGGGAGAUUCUGGGACUAUUAUCUAGCCAAUGUCCAGGGUGAAUUAGACCUUAAUCAUAAGAAAAAUACGUUUGAACUAUUACCAGUUCUUAGAUGAGUUAGACCAGCAUGGUCUGACUGACUUGAUUUUUAAGGUUAUUGCUUCAUCCAAUAUUGCUUCGUCUAUAAAUAAGGGAAAGGAUAUCCUAGUUUCUGGGAUAUUAAAUUGAAAUAGCUGAGUCACAAUAAUGUCAGUAAGUUAUUCCAAAAAUCAUGAAAGAACGACUAGUUAUUGGGAGCUUAUUGUUCUUAGUGAAUUGGUCAAAGCUCAUAUAGGGCUCAGAUCGCUUUUAGGUAAGGAUUCAUAAUUAUCUCCGUGGCCUGUUGGAUAGUGAAGUAGGAAACCAUCAUCUAUACAAAUCAAUUGUAAAUAAGGGCAUUAGUUGUCGCACGUGUAGUUCACUGCUUUUAUUUUACAAACUAAUACGAGGGUGAUUAUUUGCUACUGUCAUUAGGAUUUUAGUUAUCUUAUUGGCAGUGUUUUUAUGAGUAAUUUUUAUUAAUUUGGAUGCGCUGAUCUUUAUUUUCUAACGUGGGUCGCAGUUCACACCAUACAACAGGAAAAUGACGUUCACUGCUUGGCAGUUUUUUCUGUAUCGAACUCAGCAGUGAGAACGCUUCAGUUCUCAGACUCUGGUGGCAAGCUCGCUGUGGGUUUUCGGUGUGGUCAAGUGAGGAUGCUUAUUUUGAUGCACCUUCUCAGCAUGCCAUUUGAAGUUAAAAGUUUUCUGUCUCACUGAAUUUCCACUGCACACCAGGUGACAAUGCUUGAUUCAAGCUCCAUGUCAGUGUUAUUCCACGUGGAUUGCUCGUCUGUCUCAGGCUCCCCAAUCACUUCACUGGCUAUGAAAGUAGUUCCGCAAGUUAAUGCCCCAGUAAACAGUAACACUUCAAGUUCCAGUAGUCUGGGUGAUUUUGCUGAUGUACUAUUUAUUUUAGCUAGAAAUGCUCAUCUGAUUGUUGUUGAUAGUAUUAGUGGUAAUAUUUUGAACCCACAACCAAUACAUCCGCAGAAAGAAUCGACUGCCAUUUCCAUGUUUGUCAUAGGUAAGUAGCUUAUCAUUUUCGUCGUAGCUCAGUAGUUUAUACUGAAAAAAUAGAAGGUUAAGAAAAUUUAUGUCACAGAUGGAAGCACUUUCUUUGGAGUAGCGGGUCAAAAGCAUUCCCAGGAGGGUCCUGUGCAAAGUGACAUCAAGCAAAGCAGUUAUCCAAGUGGAAGUGGUGAACAAACUAUUGAGCCUCCUUCCAUUACCACUUCUCAUUCUGGAGAAGUACCAUCAAAUUCAGUUCUUUUAAUUUGUUGUGAGGAUGCACUAAGGAUAUAUCCAUUGAAAUCUGUGAUACAGGUAAUUGUUUAAUUUGGUUUCUAUUAUUUACAAAAGGUUUUAAAAUGUUUAACACGAUGAACAAUGCUAUAGGGUGACGGUACAUACGUCAACAAAGUGACCCUUCCAAAACCAUGCCGCUGGUCAGCAAUCAUCAAAAGAAAAGAUGGGCAUUCCUGUGCUCUGCUUUUACUUUAUCAGAAUGGAGUUUUAGAGAUAAGGUGAGCCUAAAUUUUUCGUUUAAUCAAAAGCCGCAUGUGAAUUUUGUUCCAGUGAUUUCUGUUAAAUUCUAAGAGCAUUCAUGCCAUUUAUUCGGAUUAACUUGGGCUCUAUGAAUGAAUAGGUCUUUACCAAAUUUCGAGGUAUUAGACGAAGAUUCUUUAAUGUCAAUCCUUAGAUGGAGUUUCAAGGCAAAUAUAGAAAAAACAAUGAGUUCGUGUGACUAUGGACAUAUUGCGCUGGUGGGUCUAUUUCAAAUUUUUUUGUUAUGUUCAUCUCUUGAUUUUCUGUUUAUGCUUAGUUGAAAGAUGGCUCGUUUUUCUUUUAGAAUAAAUUGUAUUAUUUUUUUCCGAAAAAGCAAACAAUUUACCGACCUGAUUCAUUUCCUCAAUCUUGAAGGACAAGCUUCACUCGGCUAUUCUUAAAAAACUUAUCAUUUCUUGAUCAUUCGUUGACUUUAGAAAUGACACUGCUUGUUGAUUUCGUCUUCACAAUCUGCAGGUCAAUGGAUCUGAGUUGGCUGUGAUCUCCAUUUUGGCCGGCACAAAUGACUAUAGGUAUCUUAGUUAUUUCUAAACCAAAAUCAGUGAGCUGCCUUUUUAAUUUUAGUUAAUGUAUCCUAAAAUAUGUUGUCUCACAGGAUUCCAGAAUCUUUACCUAGCCUUCAUGACAAAGUCCUUGCUACUGCAGCAGAUGCUGCCACAAAUCUCUCUAUGUUUCAGAAGAGAAGAGAGGUUCUUCUCAAUCCUACUUGCUUUUCGUCGUCGUUUUUCACGUUUUUCUUGUGCUUAUUACCUUAUCUAUAGGGUCCUGCCCCUGGGAUCCUCGGUGGUAUACUUAAAGGACUUAAACGGGGGAAAGCUGGGAACUCGGUCAAUGCAUCUGAAAAUAGCCCUCGAGAUGUCUUUAUUCAACAACUGGAGAAUCACUUUUCAAGGACGCCAUUCUCAAGCCCUUUGGCUACUCUCGCUCAUGACCAAGAGGAGCUCACCCUCGGUACUCCACACUACUGCUGGUUCACUGGCGGUUGUCUCUGUUUUUUUUUUUUUUCCAUUUUUUACAUAUUAGUUUUUUUUUAUGUGUAGACGAUAUCAUCAUUGAUGACGAUCUGCCUGUUGCUUCGACCUCAUCUCAUGUCGACGACAAACCUAAUAGAAAAGGUAGUCUCCUCCACACCCACCAGGUAAUUUUUUGCUAGCAGAUCUUAUGUCGCCUUCCUUAUGUUCUUUGAAAAAAAAACAGAGGACAUGGAAAGAGAACAACUGUUCCAAGGGGCAAAGAUGGAUAUCAAACCAAGAAUAAGAACACCAGAAGAGAUACUAACACAGUAUAAAUUUUCUGGGGUAAGCGAAAAAAAAAAAAGAAAUGUGAUUCUGAUCUUCCUUGGUGUGACAUGCUUCUCAACGGCUGUUUUCUCUAUCUAGGAUGCCUCUGCAGCUGCUGCAUAUGCAAAAGACAAGCUUGCGCAACGGCAAGAAAAGCUUCAGGUAUGCCCUCAAACUGUUAUUUACUUGGAUUUAGCUUAAAUGUGGACUACACCCAAGCAAACCUCUCUCUAAAGCUAUAGAAUAGCCAGAAAAACAAAAUAGAAAAAGAUUAUGAUUUCAUGUUUGCCAACGCUUUAAAUGCUUACGGUGAAAAAGGUAUGAUUUGUUCUUUAAUCCUUCUUAUGGAGUUUUCGUAUCUAGAGCAGUGGAAAAGAACAUCAUGCCUAAUAAAUACCUCUUCAUGGCUAAGCCAUGUGCCUUCUAUUCUGAAAUAAGAAAUAACUUCCUUGAUAUUUAUCACGAAAAAUUCCCUUUCAGUUUAUGAAUUAUUGACGUGAUGUAAUUAACUCUUGACUGGCGUAUGAAAAUGUGCAAUUUAUUAUGUUUUUACAUCUUUCCUCGAUAUUUUCUCUACCAUGGGUAUAGGUGACUCCACCGACAACUGGAAUUGGAAUAUAGGUAAUUCCAGAUAUAUUGACAGCCGCCGAAAUCUCAUUAGAAAACUGUUCAUAGAAAGCAUGACAAAGGGGUUGAAAAACGUCCAGUACACCAUUAUCUUGGAGACCAAACCUCACCCACUUCGUUUAUUAGCCUCUCACAGGAGAUAUUGUCGGCAAGAUAUUGAGCAGUCCAGAGAUGGGCCUCUUUCCUUUCUAAGGGCAUUUCCAUUUAUCCCUCAUCUUUCCUUUUUGCUGGGGUUACUGAUCCUGAAACUUCAACGCAAAAAUAUAUGCAUCCGAAACAAAGCUCAAAUCAGAAGACCGUUGCUAAAGCAGAAGUCAACUACGAGUGUCUCAUUCUAGGUCUGAGUUGUAAGAUUUCUCUAUCAAAAAGCGAGCUCUGCUGCUGUUCCUUCAAGGAUGAGACGGCAAGGCUUCAGACUUGGGUGAAGUUUCCAAAAUUAGGACAAUUAACUAUGAAAUAUAGCCUAUCAGGACCUUGCUGGGGUUCUAGAGGGGGGUUCUAGAAGGGGGUAUGAAAAUCUUCUAGGGAUGGAUGGCUUCUCCUCAGCCUUUCCCCCACCUUGCUGCUGCCUUUUCGUCUUUAUUAUGUUAAAAAUCUCGGCUGAGGACAGAACUGAAGAACCGUCCAACAUCUCUCCCUUUGUUUCCUUCUCCAUUCUUUUCUCGAAGCUCAAGCAUAUUAAAAGGGCCUCCUUGAUAUGUUUUCUCUUCUCCCAGAAAACCAGAGAGCGCACCGAGGAGCUGCAGAAUGAAGCCGAGAACUUCGCUUCCAUGGCCAACGAGCUCGCCAGGAGAAUGGAAGCAAAGAGAUGGUGGAAGUUCUGA